CCAGAAAAGACAUAAAUUCCUUUCUACUGCUGGGCAUUGUGCAGGUGUAAUAUCAAUUUAACACCAAUAACUAAUUGUCAAUACAGAGCAUGAAAUAACACAAUAACAGUCUAGAUGCAUGAGAAGCAGAAAAAUGACUCGUAUCAUUUACACUGUAAAAUACAGACGUCUACAAUGCCAAGACUACACACGAGAAAUGUAAACAAAGAAUUUGCUGCUCGGAAAGAUGGCGACUCCCGGGGACCUCCGAUCUCCUCUGGAUAGUGUGCUAAACUUUGUGCCCCAAGGCCAUGAAAAGCACCUCAAGCAGGCUUUCUACAAUGCUGCUACGUUUAUUCUGAUAGCUAUCUUAGGAGCUGCUGUUGUUUCAGUUUAUUAUGUAUUCGAAAUCUUCAUCAAGCCUUUGAUGUGGGCUACGCUAUGCGGCACGGUUUUGUACCCGUUCAAAUACACCCUUCAAAGCACCGCGGCAGGCUGGCUUCAGGGGUUGGAGGACUCCAGCACUCCGCUGAUGGUCGGGGCGGUCGCAAUCCCGUUGACGUUCCUGAACUUUGCUUCGGAGCAGCUAGGGAGCUUAAUUUCUCGUCGAUUUAAGAUGCUGAUAGCCGUCGGAGCUGGCUUACCUGCAGCUUACGUCGUCUAUUGGUUCCUUGAUUACAUAUUUCCAGCUGUAAAAUUGUUUUUUACAUCUUUGUACAAUGGCCUGAAUAUUUUCAGUUCUUUAUGGGUAUGGACAAUCAUUAUUGCCUACAUGAUAGCUUUGAUCUUCUGGUGGACACCGCAGUCUCGUUCUCUACUAACAACCUUGUCGGUACCAGUCUGGAUUCUUCUACUUCUACAUCUCUCGACCGUUGCUGGCUGGUAUCGUAUCCCUAUCUUCUUCCUCUUUGUUAUCCUGGUUGCCCUUGGUUAUUCAACUCAUCGCAAGGAGCAGAUUGCAAGGGAGAGCAUGUCCAGUAGUGACCUGGAUUCAUCUUCGACUAGAGAUCAGUCAGAGACUGCUGAACAAAGCGCUUCAUCACCCCCUGAAGCAGGUACUGACAGUGCUGACAUUGGGCGCCCUGCCCGUCUGGAUAUCCCUCCCCUUAACAUCCCCACAGCAACCUCUACCCCCCAGACAGGAGGAGGUGGAGGCUCUCGACGUAGAAGAGUCAGAUCAGAGUCAGAGGAAGUCAGUGGACAGAGUGUACGCUACAUCUAUGGUGUCAUAUGGGCCUGUGUGGUGUUGAGGCUGUGGAUUCAUAUGGGUCUCAUCUUCAAGCUUGUUCCAAUCUUUCUUGGUUUUUGGCUGAUCAAGAAGGUUAUGCAGCAUAUUGGAGCAUGGGAUCAGGUGAAAUACAGAUAUAAGAGUGCCAAUGAAGCCAUCGCUGGAAGAAUGGAUGCCCUUAUUCCUUCUUACAUCAGAGGACUGGGCAGUCUUUUCUUAGCGGGUGAUCGCAAAGUUAUUGGAUGGUUAAAGAAUUCUCUUGAUAUGGUGAUCAGUGUCUUCAUCAUUCUGGCAAUGUUUAUAGCAAUGAUAUCACUCACUGUCAUGAUGGCUGUUCAGAUCCAAUCUGAGAGUAUGACUUUGAUACAGGUAACGGGAGAUCUUGUAAAUGAUACAGUAUCACAGCAUCCUGAACUCCAAGAAUGGCUUCCUGAAACAGAUGAAAUGCAUGAUGCAAUGAGUUCAAUGUUAGACAAUGCAUAUUUGUAUGGACGAGAAUGGUUGGCUGAACAGAUACGCAACACUAUUGGUGGUGACAAUGAGAAUAUAGAAAAGCAGGUUCUGGAGAUUUGGGAUCAGCUUUAUGUGCAGUGGGUCAUAAAGAAUGGAACAGAAGAAGACUCUCCUUUGAUUGAUUCUCAUGAAUCAUUAUCUCUGAGAAGCAAUGUUAAUCUAUCAAUGGACAGUGUAUAUGACAUGCUUGGAAAAGUGGAUGGUAUCGACCUCUCUGGUUUUAUGACAGCAUUUCAAGAGAACAUAGAGACUGUAAAGUCAAUCCUGGAGUCUGUAUGGCUAGUGUUGAAAGGAAAUAUGAAUCUGAUUGCAUCUCUUUUGACUACAAUUCUCUACAUGAUACUAGAAGGAGGAACAGCCAUUCUCAAUUUUGUUAUCUCAUUUGUUGUGUUCAUGACAACAUUAUUCUACUUGUUGAGUUUUAGUGAUAAACAAUAUCUUCCAAUGAAAUGGAUCUCUAGUCUUACACCUGUCAAUGAUUCUACAUCCAACAAGUAUGGCCAGGCUGUAGAAAAUUCUAUCAGAGGUGUAUUUGGUGCUUCAAUCAAGAUGUCUACAUUCUAUGGUCUAUAUACAUGGCUUACUCAUACCAUCUUUGGAUUACAGAUUGUAUAUGUACCAUCAGCCUUGGCUGCUCUCUUUGGUGCUAUCCCAUUUGUUGGAACUUACUGGGCAGCUGUACCAGGGGUCAUUGAACUAUUAGUCCAUGGUGAAAAGGUGUUAGCUGUUAUGCUGUUUGUUGUUCAGAUGCUUCCAAUGUAUGUUGUGGAUACUGCUAUCUACAGUGAUAUCAAAGGAGGUGGUCACCCCUACUUGACUGGCUUAGCUGUUGCUGGAGGGAUCUACUGCUAUGGAUUAGAGGGUGCUAUAAUUGGACCCAUCUUACUAUGUGUUCUCUUGGUAGCAGUCAAUAUCUUUAGUACUAUGAUACAAGGUACCAGAGCUCUUCCAGCUACCCCUGCCUCACCUCUUGGGUUAAGAUCACAGCCAAGAGAAAGGAGACUCAGGUUUGAAAGCCCAUAUUGAGGAGGGAGAUUAAAUGAAUCUGACUCAGGAUAGUGGAACUGAAAUUGGAAAAAACAUACAUGUAAACAUCUUAACCCUAUUUCAAGUGGGCUAUUUCAGACCAGGAUAUAUUGGGGGGUCAAUUUGACCACCCCCCCCCCCUCAGAUCUCGGCUGUUAAUAAUAA